CACCAAGUAUGCAGAUAUACUUGGGACAAGCCAAGCCGAGCGCUCAGCUCCACACUCACUCUCAAUGUCAUCACUGAUAUCUAGCACAGUAUCGUCCGCGGCGGCGGCGGCAACGUCGCGGCUCCCACCUCCGCCAUCGCCCACGGAGACAUCAACACCAGGCUACACUGUCCUGCUGCGCGCCAUUGCGGACGGCCAGCGUGCAGGCCACGACAACCACGGCGGGCAGCGCAUCAACAUCGUCAUCAGCGUCAUCUAUGCACUCGUCGGCAUCUGUCUCGCCGUGAGGCUGUACCACCGCUCCAGGCGGAGCGUGUACGCUCUGCUGGUGGUCGCUGCUUUCACCCGCAUGAUAACGUUUGCGCUUCGGGCCCCGAUCCACAACGUCAGCGGCGAGCAGGGCUCCAACUGGGCCGCGCUACUCAAGGUCUCGAGCGCGCUGCUGUACGUCGUGUGGAUGAUCGUCGCCGAGGCCAUGACUCGCUUCCUCUUCCACUGGUACGAGCACCUCCGAGGCCCGGCGUCCGGCCUCCUCCGCGCGGUCGCGUCAACGCGCGUCCUGCUCUUCCCGCUGGCGACAGCACUCAACAUUGCGGGGUACACGCUGCUCGUGCAGGGCCUGCACAACACCGACCCAUCGAGCGGGUUCGGCAAGGUCGACACGGGCACAUCGCUCGCCAAGGCCGGUGGCGCACUGUACAUUGUCUUCGCGGCGACGUUCUUGUUCGCGGCGGUCGUGGUGCACUUCGUCAAACACCCACGCGAGGCUGGACACGAGCGCGAGCCAGACUACUGCCCGACGCGGACGAGUGCGACUGGGCUAGCGCUCCUCCUCGCCACGUCGCUGACCACGUCUGCGUCCUACUUCCUCUGGAUCGCGUGCCUCAAGUGGGUGGACCAUGAGCGCUCGACAAACGGCACGGCUAUCGCACCAGACAAGACCGUCACCAGCUUUGCGAACAAUGCGUCAUGUCUCGACCUGAUGACGGUCCUGCCAGAGCUGUUGUCCUUCGCAUGCUUCUUCCUCCUCAAUGUCGAGGAUGGCGACGCGCGCUUCGGCUUGUCGGCUGGCGCAGAGGUCACGCGCUGUGACUUCUCCUAUGGCCAACGACAGCCCGACAUGGUUCAGUCGGGGUUCAUUGAGCCCGGUGACCGGAGGCACAGUCACGCAGACGACGUGAUCUAACGUUUGACCAUGCAUGCAUUGAUUCUAGACUCUAUA